AUGGAUGAAGUAAUCGGAAUGACAAAUGGUUACGGUUGCGGAAACCGGAGAAAGUCGGGAACCGUCGAUUACCUUUUGAAUCAAAGUAGCGACGAGCCGAGUAUUACGACUACAGGGAGAGAAGCAAAGCUUCGUAGACAGCUUCGCUUCCUCGUCUUUCUGGCGACUAGCUUCUCAAGUGGGUGGCUUGGUAAGCAAGCUACCUUCAGCAUCGGUAAAAUCCCUAUCAAUUCAAUAAAAGGCCGGAAUGUCGGGGACAGGGUGAGAACCUUCCGUACGCCCUUUAAGUGUUGGUUCUUCCAUAUUUAG